AUGGCGAACUCUUCCCCGAGAAACACCUCUUCGAGAGAAAGCUCCAUCGGACGGGGCUCCCCGUCCAGGUCUGCUUCCGCCUCAAGAAUGCGAGCCCUAGGCUCAAAGCCAAGAGCAGCGGGAAGCUCCAAAGAUCCCGGAGAUGACGGAAACGACAGCACAGAUGAAAGGUUUCAGCGAGCGCCGUCUCGAAGAGGUGACUCGAAUUCAGGCGCCCAGAAAAUAGGAUCAACUGCGGAGGCCGACAAAAAUGGCGGUUCCUCUCCGAAGAAACGCGUAGUGCGUCUCACGCUGACGGAGGCCGCAGAAGAGAUUAAGAGGCUCCGGCGCUUCGAGCGCAGAACCAACGCGCAAAUGAAACAACAUGAGGAAGAAGUCAAGAGUUACGUCGAGCAAGUAACUAAUCUGAAGCAGCAGCUCUUGGACAGCGAGCGCGCGCGCCAGGAGGAGAAGGCCAGCUUGAUGAGCAUGUAUGAGACGGACACAAAGAAGCUUAAGGCGCAGCUGAAGAGCACGUCAGAUGAACUCCAGCUUCUGCAAGAGACUUCUCUGCCGCUCGUUGAGGCGAGGAAGCUGACAUUCAAGGCUCUUCGCAAGGGCCGGGCGCUGCAGUACAUGGCGCAGCUGUACACAAAUAACACUGUUCUGGUUUCAGUGAAGCGAGAAGCUCUUUUCAGAUUUCUGGAAAAUGCAUUUGGCACUGACCAUGCGGUAUUCCGUGCCAAUCACGGGUUCGCCUGUGGAGUCCAGUCGUACACUGACAGCCACCUACGGCUGCUGCGACAAGAGCAACUUAUUCUUCUCGCUGAGAAUGAGAGGCUCCAGGCACAGAUACAAGAAAUGCAAGUCCACACUGAAAAAAGCCGCCGAGACCGUAUUUUGCAACAAGAAGCUGCCAUUGUUGGCAAGCAUGAAGGGAACUGGUCUUCUCAGCAGAAUUACGAAGGAUCUAUCGCAAAGAGUGGCACCCCCAGCAUGGGUCUAGCGAGUUCGCAGAGGGAGCGGCUGGAGUCUCCAGCUAUUAUGAGUUCUUUCUCUUUCCAAGGAGGCAAUGUGAGAACUUUGGAAAUGGAGCUCACAAGGACAAAGCUACAGUCUGUCUGUGCAGUCCUCAACAUGGCACAAACCAGGCUGCUUGCCUACGCUUUCCGCCGGAUGUACUCCUUCUGCAUGAGCGAAUCCGUCGUGCAGACUAUGGAAAAGGCCAUUAACAGGUCAAGCGCAGAGCUCAGAAAGGAAACCAUCAUUACUGGAUGCGCAUUAGUGACAUCCUUUUUUAGAACUAAUGACAAAGCCUCGAUGCUCAGAGCUUUCUGGAUCUUGGUGCUGAGUGCAAAAAUCCAGAGCCGUGCGAAGGAAGUCGAAGCACUGAAAGAACAACUCAAGACAGCACAGGAGCAAGGGGCCAGAACAGGGGGCCCCAAUUAUUCUGCAGCGACCUGCAGGGCUUGCCACGCGUGGUCGGUGCUAUCAUCCGAACUUGACGAAAAAAACGCCAUGGCUGCACAGCCACUAGGGAUGCCUCGUAGAGGGGAUCCAAGUGAUGACAUUGGCCUAGCUCCUUCGCAAGGAGGUGGCAUUCCACUCCCUGUUGCAUAUGCCCCCCAUUACUUUCGGCAGCUGCCGUCGGCCCAGAAGCGCCGCAACGUCUACUUCACUGCGGCGCCGCCGAAGGCGCCGCAGCAAGCUUUCCCGUCCACAGUUCAAAGAGCCAGAGACAUGGCACUUACUGAAGAAACUUUCUACCGCCCCAUUUCCCUGGCGGAGGGGUGGAAAGUAGCUGGCGUCAACGGCCUCGGCAUCGGUAUGGAGCCAGUGGGAACUGUAAUCGGAUCCCACGCAACAUCGAAGGCUAAAAAGCUAGAUGCUGCGCAGGGGUCCCUAAAAGGCGCUCUUAUUCUACCACCCACUACGCCCUCUUCGCAGCCUCUAACUGCAGCAGAGAGGAACGACGCUUACAUGGAGCAGCUCCUACGAGCCACGGACCAGAGUCUGAAACUGUAG